AUGUUACCGAUGUUCCUCAAUUUGUCUAUGUUCGACCUAAUCCUUGAGGCGCUAUGUCUCUGCACCACGUACAUCGCUGUCAGGGCGCUCUACAAUCUUUUCUUCCAUCCACUUGCGGGGUUUCCAGGUCCAAAGCUGACCGCGUCGUCGAAGCUUUAUGAAUUCUACUACGAUGUGCUGAGGGGCGGGCAAUUCUUCUAUGAGAUCCAGCGCAUGCAUGAGCUCUACGGUCCGAUAGUUCGCAUCAACCCGGAUGAGCUCCAUAUCAAUGAUGCAACGUACUACGGCACCUUGUAUGCAGGAGGCGGCCAGAUCCGCGAUAAGUAUCAGUGGUUCACUAAUGCUGCGGGCUCGCCAACUUCCACGUUCGCCACUGUUGGCCAUGACUUGCACCGAACUCGUCGAAGCGCACUGAAUCCCUUCUUUUCAAAGGCCUCUGUGGUGAAGUUAGAACCAUUGAUUCACGAGAAGGUGGAAGGAAUCUGCGCUGGUAUGGAUGCACAGUUUCAACAGGAGGCCUUAUUCGAUUUUGGUGCGGCUUACAUGUCAUUUGCCCUCGACACUGUGUCACACUAUGCCUUUGGCGCAGCAGAGUGUUGGAACUGUCUGCUUGAGCCUGGCUUCUCAGCAGAUUGGAAAGAAGCGAUUGUCAGCUCAUUCGAGAAUGCAACAUUGAUCAGAUACAUACCUUGGCUGCUGAUGCCGCUCAAGAUGAUCCCAUACCAGUGGAUCACAAGGGUCCAUCGAGCUAUGGGUAUGUACUUCAAAAGCUAUACACUCAUCAAAGGGCACGUACUGAGCUUUCUGGACGCCGAACACGUAAAGGUUGCCCACCAUGAUGUGACCAUCUUCUCCGAGUUGAGGAAUGGCAAGCUACCUGCGAUUGAGCAGGAACCCCGCAGGCUGAUAGACGAGGCAAACAUCCUCAUGAUAGCAGGUGGCGAGGCUAUCACACAGCUUCUCACGAUAGUAUCCUACCACCUGCUCGACAACCCACAUAUCCUUGUCAGACUGCGGGAAGAGCUAGACAAUGUCAUGCCGAGACCCGAUAGUCCAAUAACAUGGUGCGAGUUGGAGAAGCUGCCCUACUUGACUGCUGUGAUACAAGAGGGCCUUCGUAUCUCUGCAAUCGUUACCACUCGGUUGCCACGUGUAGCUCCGCAUGAGGUUUUGAAGUACCAAUCGUUCGAAAUACCCCCAGGAACCCCUGUCUCGAUGACGUCUCACUUCAUACAUCUCGAUCCUGUGCUUUGGCCCGAGCCUCUGAAGUUCCUGCCUGGAAGAUGGAUGGACGACGGUACUGAUACGCCAAGAGGUAACAGAGAGUACCUUGUUCCUUUUUCCAAGGGAAGCAGAGGCUGCGUCGGGAUCAAUCUUGCGCAUGCCCAGGCAUAUCUUGCAAUCGCCCGUGUCUUUCGCCGUUUUGACUUCGAGUUAUUCCAGACAGACCGACGCGACGUGACAAUUGUCCGAGAUUGUUUCAAUGGACAACCGUACAAGGGAUCCAAAGGUGUAAGGGCUCAUGUUGUCGGUCUGCGAGCGUAA